AUGAUUGACGAAAAGCACCAAGCUGGACCCAAGACUGGUGCCCUCCUGAGAAUUUUCUCUCCCAAUAGGAGACUAGUCAAUAUUUUAUUGUCCUUGGUGAUCUUAACUUACUGUUUCAUCAGCUGGAGGUCGAUACCAUUACUCGGCGAUCAAAGGCCAUUUUCGUACCCUCCAGAUCACGUCUUGUCCAGUUACAUGCAGAUAACGAGGGAUCCCCUAGGCGAACCCUUGGGCUACCCUACGUUGUCUCCUAAUGCAUCUCACUUACAUAUUGGAGAAAAAGCAAUGAUCUCGUGUGACGUCCCCAUCUGCUCGCAAAUGGGUGGUGACAUCCUUCGCAAGGGCGGCAAUGCUGCAGAUGCAGCAGUUACUGUAGCGCUAUGUAUCGGUAGUAUUAAUCUGCACUCUUCUGGAAUUGGAGGUGGUGGGUAUAUUACCUCUUCCUUCGAGAAUGAUGUCAUAUCUAUCGAUGCACGAGAAAUGGCACCUCAGUCUGCAUUCAAAGAAAUGUACAGAGAGAGGGAGAUUCUUUCGAAGUUUGGUGGAUUGGCAGUAGCUGUUCCCGGAGAGUUGAAAGGCUUGUACGAACUUUACCAAAGACAUGGUUCUAAGAAUGUAUCUUGGUACGAACUUUUCGAGCCAGUUAUUGAAUUGAAUAGAAAGGGUUUUAGAACUGGUAGAGUGGUAGCUAAAGCUUUGAAGUCCCUAGAGACAUACGUUCCAAUUUUGAAGCUAACCAGCAUCUUUAAUACGUGGGAUUUCAUCUUUAAAGACAAAGAUAACUAUGAAUUUGUACAAGAAGAUGAUAUUAUUAAAAGAGAAAGUUUAGCCAACACACUAGAAUUAAUAGCUAAAAGUGGAUCGUCUGACAUUUUUUAUGAUCCAAAAGGACCCAUAGUUGAGUCCUUGGUGCAAGUGAUCAAUGGCCUUGGUGGCUGGAUAGACAGGGAAGAUUUCGCCAACUAUCAAGUCUCAGUGGAAAAAGCGCUCAAGUUCGACUUCAAUAGCUCACAAGAAGAGUCGUUUAGUCUAUUUACAUCCUCUGGAUCUUCAUCUGGGCUUGCACUUAUAACUGCUUUGAAUUUCUUUUCAACACUUCAUAAUAAAUCUCCGACUUCUGACGUACCACUUAAAAUCCAUAGAACAAUUGAGAGUAUGAAAUGGAUGGCAUCUGCAAGAUCCAACUUUGGAGAUUUUUUGGUUCACAAGGACUCUAGUUCAAAUAAAACAUUCCGCCAAGAUCUCAUCGAUAAAUACUCAUCAUUAAAUUGGUCACAAUCAACAAUAGAAUCCAAAUAUUCCGACAACCGAACCUUCCCAUGGCAACAUUAUGAGCCAAAGUAUGAAUUGACUGAGCCACAUGGAACGUCGCAUUUCUCUAUUGUGGAUAAAUCAGGAAAUGCUGUCGGAAUGACGACUACUGUUAAUUUGUUGUUUGGAUCCUUAGUAUACGACAAUAGAACUGGUAUCAUCUUGAACAAUGAAAUGGAUGACUUCUCAGUACCCAAUUCGCCUAACGCGUUCAAUUUAACUCCGUCUAUAUACAACUUUAUCGAACCAAAGAAGAGACCACUCUCUUCGACUUCCCCAACUAUUGUCAUGACAAAGCAAGGAACACAGCUCGUUCCUUCAUUAGUUAUUGGAGCAGCAGGAGGCUCAAGAAUCACCACAGCAAUCUUCCAAGCCCUCGUCAAUAUUUACUACGACAAUAUCCCAUUAUUGAAGGCAAUCUCGUAUCCUAGAUUGCACCACCAACUUAUUCCGGAGUACGCUAUGUGUGAAAACUAUGAAGUUUUUCAGGAUAGAUAUCAAGACAUUAACAUGAUACGCGAAUUGAGAGACAGAUUUGGCCAUGAUUUCCAGGAGACAGGCCCAUUGACAGUUAUGAAUGGGGUGAAAGGUCAUGAAGAUAAUAAGGGAAAAUUGAUCUUAGAAGGGGUAGCAGACUACUGGAGAAAAUUAGGAGAAGCGUGGGGAUAUUAG